GUAAGGCGAACAGGAGCUGGAGAAAAAGCGCUUUUGUAUCCUGUGCUGACUCUCUGACAGUUUUAGACAUGUCAGGGCUGCACGGAUUCGAGGGGGAAAACUUCUACAUACCCAUGAAUAACCGUACAGGGCUGGUUCGCGACCCGUUCUUGUACGAGCAGUACUAUUUAGCAGAGCCGUGGCAAUUCAAACUGCUGGCUGUCUACAUGUUUUUUUUGAUCGUCCUCGGUUUCCCCAUCAACGCUUUGACGCUGUUGGUCACGGCACAGCACAAGAAGCUCCGCCAGCCGCUUAAUUUCAUCCUGGUGAACCUGGCUUUAGGCGGGCUCAUCAUGGUCAUCUUCGGGUUCACCAUCGCCAUUAGUUCAGCGGUCAACGGCUACUUUUAUUUCGGGCCGACCGCCUGCGCCAUCGAAGGUUUCAUGGCCACUCUGGGAGGUCAGGUAGCACUUUGGUCAUUAGUUGUACUGGCCAUUGAGAGAUAUAUUGUGGUGUGUAAGCCAAUGGGCAGUUUCAAAUUCUCCUCUACGCAUGCGAGUGGAGGAAUCGCUUUCACAUGGUUCAUGGCUAUGACCUGCGCCGGUCCUCCGCUUGUCGGCUGGUCCAGGUAUAUUCCUGAAGGCCUGCAGUGUUCGUGUGGACCAGACUACUACACUCUCAACCCCAAAUACAACAACGAGUCCUACGUUAUCUACAUGUUCCUCGUUCACUUUCUUCUUCCAGUCACGAUCAUAUUCUUUACGUACGGGCGGCUCGUGUGCACGGUCAAAGCGGCUGCAGCUGCUCAGCAGGAGUCUGCCUCCACUCAGAAGGCUGAGAAAGAAGUGACACGUAUGGUCAUCCUGAUGGUGGUGGGUUUCUUAGUGGCAUGGGUUCCUUAUGCCAGCGUCGCCGCCUGGAUCUUCUUAAACAAAGGAGCUGCCUUCAGCGCACAGUUCAUGGCCAUUCCUUCCUUCUUCUCCAAGACCUCGGUUCUCUUCAACCCCAUCAUUUAUGUGUUGCUAAACAAACAGUUCCGUAACUGCAUGCUAACAACCCUGUUCUGUGGCAAGAACCCACUGGGAGAUGAUGAGACCUCAUCAGCGUCCACCAGCAAGACAGAGGUGUCCAGCGUGUCCCCGGCAUAGACGCUCGACCCGUCCUGGACGCGAGCGAGCUCGGGCCUCUCCAACCCUCGUUUGUAUCUGCCGUGAUGAUCGCUGUCACUGCGAGCACAUCACAGCUCACUGAAAACUGUACUCUUCAUGAUGU